CGUGCCCAAUCGGCAGCCUUGCCGCAGUCCAGACCGAGGAACCAGAACGUUGUGACGGAACCUUUCGGAAAAAUAUAAGUGAAUGCAUCUCUCUUCGGAUUGAUAUUACCACCGUUGUCAAUUAGACGUUUGAAAAAGCGCUCUCCCCAAAGACCGGACAUCGUAUGACACCCUCUAGUGUGAACCAUCAUCACCACUAUGUUCGACAAUCCUUACUAUGAUGCUUCUGCAGCGGAAAUCAACGCUCACAAUCCCAGGACGAGCCAGUCGAUAUGUAUAAUAGGUUCUGGCGCUGCAGGACUCAUCACGGCGCAUACUUUACUCCAAGAUGGGUUCACAAAGGUGCAUAUCUUGACGAAGGAUAGUUGUCCAGGUGGCGUGUGGGAGUAUAACAAGGUGUAUUCGGGCGUGUUCAUUAACAACGUCUACGGUGAUUAUCGUUUCUCCCCGCUCGCCAUGCCUCGCCAUCCCGACCGUAAAGCCAGUGAUACCCGUUUGAGCGCGGAAGAUAUGCUUUUCUACAUGGAGAAAUUCGCCGACACGUUUCUGAAGGACCACAUUUGCUACAAUACCGAAGUUAUCAAUGUGAGGAGACCGACACCGCCUUUUGCAGUGGAUCCGCCCAACUGGGUAGUCACGAUACGCGACAAGGAUGGGGUAAGAGAUCUUGGUUUUGAUCGCAUCGUGCUUUGUACUGGGGGAUGCCAUCUACCCCGUAUACCCCGGGCGUUUAACCCUGAAUCGGCGAAGCUCGCUGGGUUCAAGGGACCGAUUGUGCAUUCUUCGGAUUUCCGUAUGCGGUUGGACGACGUCUUGAGCGCUGUGAGGCCUGUGUCGGACGAGAGACCUGGCUCGGUGGUGGUUAUUGGAGGGGGCAAGUCGGCGCAAGAUAUUGCGGCGUACUUGGCGCAUGAAGGACGACAACGGAACGUGUCUAUGAUCUUUGAGAAGACGGAUGCUUUCGUCGCGUCGGAUAUGCAUAUACCGGAUUUCGUUAGGAAGAGUCGGUUGAUAGGUAUCCUCAGUCCUCAUAUUGAGCUUAGGAGUAAUUUGGAACGGUUCUUACACAAAACAUGGUUAGGAGGUAAGACUGUUCGAGGCCUCUUUAAUUAUAUUCAAAAUCAAUCAUUCCGCGCUUUUCUGAUACCCGAGGGCUCUCCUCUACGGCUUUCGCAGGAUGUGUUUUGGAGUUUGCGCGUUAACGACGAGGUGACUCGACGUAAUAAUGGCUUUCAUGCGCUUGCGAACGAUGGCAAGAUUGGUAUAAUUGCCCCUGCUCGUGCCGUUGCAUUCGGUGACGACGGUCAUUCGAUCGUCCUAAGCGACGGCAGCACAGUCCGCGCGGAUGCUCUCGUCCUCGCUACCGGAUACCAGUCAUCCUGGUCUCAUAUAUUCGAUGACGAGACCGCUAAUGAGCUUGGCCUGGGCUCCUAUCCUCCGCAGUACAUAUCCGACGUGACACACGCCAAAGAGUGGGAGUACACGUCUCUGAAAGACCCGCCUACGACGCAUCCCGACAGCAGACAGUGGUCAUCCUGUGUCUAUCGGGGAAUAGUUCCCGCGAAGAAUAUCCUCAAGCGAGACUUCGCGAUCAACGGUGCAGUGUUUUCCACGAACAACGGGUUUGUGUUCGAAACCACAGCUCACUGGAUCUCAUCAUACUUCCUCGGUGAUCAUUUCCUCGAAAUUCCUCGUUCGCCGCGACAAGCCGUUGAGAUCACUGAACGAUCUUCGGCGUGGCUUCGACGGAGAUAUCCGGACAUGUUGCACUGGACCAAUCCCAGUCAUUGCUCUGAUAUCGCGUUUUGGAGUUGGCCGCAAUACACCGACGACCUCUUAGAUGAUAUGGGGCUGACCAGUGGUCCUGCUCGAACCGGUGGGAACUGGAUGACCUGGCCAUUUAGAACCAUUGAUAUCAUGUGCAUUUCUUCACUUACCUGGGAACGCCAGGUCAAAAGAAUGCAGCCUGUAUAAACUAGGAUGAUCAUGAUCAGGAUGGAGGAUGUAUUCUAUGUAGCUCCAGUACGAUUUGAAUAACUCUGACAACCAUGAUAAUGCUCGUCAGUUUUUUGAUUUGUGUAUCUCUUAUCUAAAAGUACUUAUUGUUUGUGUAA